AUGUUUGCGUUCCGGGAAAUUGCUUCAAUAGUGAUGGCCGAUGAUACCCACGACAGCGCCCAUGGCGUCUCAGACAGCUCUAAUGGAGACCAUUCUGCAAGCAAGAACAACAGCAUACUCAACAAAUCUUCUCAUCGACAUCUAAACCCUUUUGAGCAUUCUAACGUCCAUUCGUAUAGUCACCGGGCAAACAUCGUGCCUCCAUAUGUGCUCGAUAAACUCGAACAAGCUCACUAUAAGGAACAGUUGAGCAAUAACAACGUCAACAACAACCAGUCAGAUAUCAAUCCUUCGAUAAAAACUGUCCAUUCAAAACCUGAUGACGACGAACAAUAUCUCAGUUUUGCCAAUGAUCCAUUUGUGAAGACGGUCCGGAACAACUGGCACGAUUUUCUCUCGUCUGUCCAACAACCGACGGCUUUCGCCAAAGAUGAAUUGGAAUACGACACCAACUUGAGCAAGGAGUAUGACUUGAAAGGUGCAUGGGGAGGAGAAGAGCGUCUUCGACUGGCACUCUUGGGGUCGUCGUCUUCUACUGAGGAACAAACUCGAGGUGCUGCAGAGGGAGCUGGUCUCCUUUGUGGGUUGGGAGGGUUCUUUAGCAAGCCCUUGCCUGUAGAACUCGAUUCGGAAAAAGCGAGGGUUCGGUCUAAAGCGAGAUAUUGGAUGAGUGAUGAAAAGCGAGCAGAUGUCUUACCGACAAUGAAACGUCUCUUUAUUCACAACCCUUUGGUACCUUUGCUUUUGCGUAUCCUUAUCCUCAUCUUCUCGGUGUGUGCUUUAGCUCUCGCUUGUACCAUUUACACCAAAUCCAGACAAAAGUAUAAAGGCUCUGCCAUUGAACAACAACCCAGUACCAUCAUGGCAUUGGUAGUUCAAUGCGUAGCUAUCGUUUAUGUGAUUUAUAUCGCCUACGACGAGUACAGCGGCAAGCCAUUGGGUAUCAGGAACCCAUUGGGCAAAAUGAAGCUCAUUAUGCUUGAUCUUUUGUUCAUCAUUUUCAUGUCGGCCAACCUUUCUCUCACAUUCAAUACCCUAUACGACGACGAAUGGGUAUGCCAAAACGAUAAUACUCCACAACUAGCCCAGCUUGGAAUCUACUACCCGUCCGUAUCCUCCAUCUGUCGUCGCCAAAGGGCAUUGGCUGCUUUCUUAUUUAUGGUUCUUUGUCUUUGGGUCCUCACAUUCACCAUUAGUAUAGUGCGAGUGGUGGACCGGGUGAGCCUGGCAAAUCCUCGCCGUGACUAA